UAGAGCUCUUAGUCCCUGCGGUGAAAACCAACUGUAGCACAUGCAAAUCUGACACAAACGGAACCGGGCACUCUGAAAGUAAAUUGCCUGGAAGGUUACAAGGAACACAUGAAACAGAGAUUCUCACCUCCCAGAAUAAAACAUGGACACAAUCUGAAAAACUGCACAGCUCUUAGUCCCUGCGGUGAAAAACCAACUGUAGCACAUGCAAAUCUGACACAAACGGAAUCGGGCACUCUGAAAGUAAAUUGCCUGGAAGGUUACAAGGGAACACAUGAAACAGAGAUUCUCACCUGCCAGAAUAAAACAUGGACACAAUCUGAAAUAAACUGCACAGACCUCUGCGCCAUCUUACCAAAUAUCACCAAUGCUGAAGUCGAACUUACAAAACCUGGUGUUGCUAAAGUAACUUGCUUAGAAGGCUAUCAAGGAGAAAUUGAUGAGGAUGAAAUUUCGUGCAAAAACGGUAUCUGGGAACAAGAGAAAAUAAGCUGUACUGUACAAAAUGUAAAGAAAGUAAGUAAAAACCAGAUGCUGAAAUUCAUCCAGUUCCUUUUGAGUGCAGUUUUACACAAGAACUAUCUCCUGUGUGUUUUCCUCACACAGAACCAAACAUGUGAUUGUCUUUUAGGCAAAUUGGAAUUCAAAAAAUGGGAAGCGAAGAAAAUUGUGAGCCAUAAUGAUGAAAGAAUAUUCAAUAUAAGUUUUGAAGAAUGCUCAGCUAAAUGUAAAAGUAAAAAGUGGUGUGUGUCAUUUGAAUACAGUGAGAAAAAUCGUAUUUGCCAUUUGAGUAAAACAGCACAUUAUAUGUUAAACCAGCUGCUAUUUGUUGAAGAGAAAUCAGUCAACUACUACGAAAAAGUUUGCCAAAAUGAUGUAUUACCAAGACCUCUUCCCAAAUAAAAAGAAAACUUGCACAUUUUUUUCAAUAGUCCAAUAAUGGAAAAGAAAUGCACAUCACUUUCUUUUAAUGAAAACACUUACACACAUACAUAUAUACAUUCCAUUCAUAAAAGUGCAUGCACACACACAUACACAAUUAUAUGAACAUACAAAGACAGAUGAGUGCAGACAUACACAUGCACAAAUGCUCUCACAAAUAUGUACGUGCAUGUAUGUGUAUCUAUGUACUGUAUAGAUAUAGAGAAAACGAAAGUAGCUACACAAAGAAAUAUAUACACAGAGCAUAUAUAUAUACAUAUAUAUAUGUAUACUACAUAAAUACAUAGAGUAUAUACAUACAUAGUGUACAUACACAGAGGGUCUACAUGCGCUCACACACACACACAGAUAGCGAAAGUGAGAGAGAGAAGAAUGAAGAUAACAUUUGUUUCUCCAUGGUAAGUUAUAGGAAGCUUAAGUUAUGAAAGUAUGCUGCUGUUA